UGACGCUACACAACACUAGCUGUCUUCGCCACCGAGAGGUCAACGCAGAGUCUUACUUAGCUCCAACGCUAGCUUAAUCGUGUAGACGGCCCAGAGUCCGCGAUUAAAACUAGAAUCAACUGAAUUAGCAGAGCACGCCGACAAACACUCCACAAACAACGCCCAACAUCAAAGAAUCAGGGACACUACUACGUGUGUGGUUCGAAUUUUGUGCUGCAUUUAAUUGAAUUGAAACACUCGCUUUGCAAUGGCCGAGAAACACACUUUUGGCAAUUCACUUGCAUCGAUCACGUGCCACGCCUGGAACAAGGAUCGUACGCAAAUCGCGUUAUCGCCGAAUAACCAUGAGAUUCAUAUCUACAGCCGCGAUGGCAGCGGCUGGAAAUUGGCCGAUGUGCUUAAUCAACACGAUUUGCGCGUCAUGGGCAUCGAUUGGGCGAAGAACACCAAUCGGAUUGUGAGCUGUGCGGCAGACAGGAAUGCCUACGUUUGGACGCAAGGCGACGAUGGCAAAUGGAAGCCCACAUUGGUGCUGUUGCGCAUCAAUCGGGCGGCGACAUGCGUUAAAUGGUCGCCUGCAGAGAAUAAGUUUGCAGUGGGCUCCGGCGCCCGCCUGAUAUCGGUCUGUUACUUUGAGUCGGAGAACGACUGGUGGGUGUCCAAGCACAUUAAGAAGCCCAUACGCUCCACGGUUACCUCGCUGGACUGGCAUCCGAACAAUGUGCUCUUGGUGGCUGGCUCCACGGACUACAAGGUGCGCGUUUUCUCUGCCUUCAUCAAGGACAUUGAGGAGCCGCCCUCGCCAACGCCUUGGGGCAAUCGUAAGAUCCUCGGCCAACUAAUGGCAGAGUUUCGCAACUCUCUCAACUCCGGCGGUGGUUGGAUUAAUAAUGUGAGCUUCUCCAGCGAUGGCAACAAGGUUUGCUGGGUAGGCCACGACAGCUGUGUGAGCAUUGCGGAUGCCACCAAUGGAAAUACGGUGAUACGCUGCCGCACCGGCUACUUACCGUUCCUCUCCUGCGAGUGGGUUUCACCCACAUCGAUUGUGGUGGCCGGCUACAGCUGUGUCCCUCUGCUGUAUAGCCUGAGUGCGGACAAUAAGCUCGUGCUGAGCGGCAAGCUGGACAAGUCACAGAAGCGUGAGGCUGGUGGCGUUACUGCCAUGCAUUUCUUCAGGUCCAUGGACUGCAAUAUGCGCACGGAGAACACCGAUGUCGUUGUGGAUUCCAUACAUCAAAAUGCCAUCACCAGCAUACGUUUGUAUGCCGGCGAUAAGGCCAGUGCCAGCAAGGUUUCCACAUCGGGCGUCGAUGGACAGCUGGUCAUCUGGAAUGUCGAACAGGAUGGCAUCAAUGGCGGCAUGAGCAAAAUGCAAAUCUAGGAUCCAAACAAAUUCUUGGAGCAUUAUUGUUUUCCCCCCUUUUUUGUAUGUUUUUCUGUGUGUGUGCGUGUGUCUCGCUCCUUGGGUUCCAAUGCGACCUGCAUUUGUAUAUUUUUUGUUACAAACAAAUUUGUAAUUUGCAGGCUAGGUGCACAGUAUUUGCCAAAAUGUUUUCGAAAAUCGCUUUUCCCCAAUUGUGUAUCGUAUGAAAGCUUUUUAUAUAUAUAUUAAUUUUUUAUGCAAAUAA